AUGGCACUGAGCGAAAACUGCAAAACGCAACCUGCAAAAGAGCAAGGCUCUGUGCAAAACCCCCCAUCGGAUGUCAUUGAGCUAAAUGUGGGUGGACAGGUGUAUUACACUCGCCAUGCCACCUUGACAAGCUUUCCAAAUUCCUUACUUGGAAAGCUGUUUUCUAACAAGAAGGGGUCUUCAAAUGACUUGUCCCGGGACCUUAGAGGACGCUAUUUUAUUGACAGAGAUGGCUUUCUGUUUCGGUAUGUACUGGAUUACCUUAGAGACAAGCAAGUGGUCCUGCCUGACCACUUCCCUGAGAGGGGGAGGCUAAAAAGAGAGGCGGAAUACUUCCAGCUGCCAGAAUUGGCCAAACUUUUGUCAUCCGAGGAGUCAAAACUAUUUCCAGACGACUUGUACUACAGUGAUUUCGAUGAUGUGUCGCAGGGCAGCGACCAGAGGUUUUACCCCUCUUACUCCUUGGACAGGAGGUAUGGCUACAUCACAGUCGCAUUCAAAGGCGUUUGCGCGGCAGGAGGCAGAGAAAGUCAAAGUGAUGCCAAAGCCAAAAAGUUACCGCGGAUCUUCAUCAGCAGCAGGAUCGGCUUGGCAAAAGAGGUGUUUGGAGACGCCCUGAAUGAGAACAGGGACACCGAUAGACCACCGGACCGCUACACCUGCAGGUUUUACCUCAAGUUCAGGCACUUGGAGAGAGCUUUUGACAUGCUGUCAGAGAGCGGCUUUCACAUUGUGGCCUGCAAUUCGUCCCUGACUGCGUCUUCCAUCGGUCAUUACGCGGAUGACAGGGUCUGGUCCAAUUACGCACAGUAUAUCUUCUACCGCGGGCCCUCAAGGUGGUCGUCCUCUCACUGUGACUGCUGCUGCAAGAGCCACAAAAGUGAGCGUGAGGGAGAGAGCGGCACUUCCUUCAAUGACCUCUCCACGUCCUGUUCUGAGACCCAGUCAGAGGCCAGUUCCCCUCAAGGAACCGUGAUCUGUGGCCCCGUGAGACGGCAGCCCAACAUCCAGACACUGGACCGCCACAUGCCAAAAGGACCAGUUCAUAUGCUGCAACAGGCAGAGAUGCGCCGCAAGACUGACAUGCUCCGCGUGAGAACCUUCGGGGUCCGGGAACGAGAGGCAGCGAAGAGGAAAGCAAAUAAGGAGAAGAUGACUCCUGAGCAGGAGCUGGAGAAAUGCAUCCAGGACUUCCGGCGCAUUAGGAUUCCUGAUCACUUUCCAGAGAGGAAGUACAUGUGGCAAUCAGAGCUCCUGAGAAAGUACCGUCUCUAA